AUGAAUGCCUCGUCUCGGGGAGAGCCCCCGUACACCUUGCUCGAGCUCAUCGGCAAGGGCACCUUUGGCCGCGUGUACAAGGCCACCAGCCGGUCCGGCCAAGCCGUGGCCGUCAAGAUCAUCAGCAUCGAGGAGGGCGACUUCUUCAACCCCAAGCGGGCCGACACCUUUGGCGACAUCCUCAAGGAGGUCAACACCCUGAAGCUCCUGAGCACCAGCGGCGCCCGCAACGUCAACCUCGUCCUCGACGCCCUGCUCUUCGGCCAGAGCAUAUGGAUGAUCACGGAGCACUGCGCCGGCGGUAGCGUCGCCACGCUCAUGCGUCCCACCGGCGGCCUGCCCGAGAAGUGGAUCAUCCCCAUCCUGCGCGAGGUCUCCGUCGCCAUCUACUGGGUGCACAAGCACGGCAUCAUCCACCGCGAUAUCAAGUGCGCCAACGUCCUCAUCGCCGCCACCGGCGAGGUCCAGCUGUGCGAUUUCGGCGUCGCCGGCAUCAUGGAGACCAAGUUCGACAAGCGCAGCACCGUCACCGGCACGUUGCAGUGGAUGGCGCCCGAGCUCUUCGAGACCAGCGUCGCCUACGGCACCGAGGUGGACGUUUGGGCCUUUGGCUCCAUGGCGUUCGAGGUUGCCACGGGUCUGCCGCCCAACGCCACCACGGCCAUCGACCCCUCCCAGUUCGGAAGCUAUCUUAAGCAGCACUGCCCCCGUCUCGAGGGCGACCGCUACUCCCAGCCCCUCAAAGACAUUGUCGCCUUCUGCAUGGUUGACGACCCCAAGCAGCGUCCCGCCAUCGACCUCGUUCAGCGCCACCCUUACAUCUACAGCAGCGAACUCGAAUACCCCACCGCCUCCCUAUCCAAGCUCGUCAACGCGCGCCCAGGGUACCCUCGGCGAAUUCUCCUGCCCACUGCCUACGAGAACGAGGAGUGGGAUUUCGCCAUCGCCGAAGACAUGGGCGCCCUCACGCUCGACGACUCCGACACGCAAGCCGUAUACGACGCCUACGGCAGCAGCAUCGAUUUCACCGCCCAGCCACCCCCGCAAGCCCUCGGCAACAACAACAACAACGGAAACAACGGAAACAACCGCCGGCGCAGGAAGCCCCCGCCCAAUCUCCGCGUCGUCAAAGCGCCGCUCGAACGAAUCUUCGACCCAAACACCAUUUCCAACUACGAAGAAAACGUCAAGGACUUUUACCACAAGCAGAUGCGGAAAUCCUCCUCCGACCUCCCCUCCGCGACGACACCCAGCAGAUUGGAUCUUCCCGUCAUGUCGCCCGUCACGCCGGGCUUCGACCGUGCCCGGUUUCGGCCCGAGGAGGAGGUGUCCAUCGCAAACGUCUACGACGGAGGCCAGCCCACUCCGCGACAAAACAAGAGCUUGCUCGGGGCGGCCGUGCAGGCUAACCGCGUGUCGACCGUCAGCCUGAUCGAUCUCGACGCGAGCUUCGCGACCGACUUUGACCCUCCUCGGCCGUCUACCUCGGAUUCGGACAAGCUGUCGAUAUCCUCAGACCCGGCCACUACGCCCUUUGACCUCGAGCGGCACUCCAUAUUUAUCCCCGCUUCCGCCAGCCACCACGCCGGCCUACACCCCCGCCCAAGCUGCCGCGCCGCGCCACCGAACCAGUCACGCCGUCUACCCUCUGGCAGUGUCUUUACUCAAGGAGCUACCUGCGCGCCCCGUUCCGGAUAUGCCCAUGAUGCCUCUCCCGCCCUCUAUCAUGGUCAUGGGGGCCUCGACGAAAAGGACGAGCUCAAGGCCGAAUUCCACCGUUUGAUUGCGAGCAUGAACGAGCAUCUCAAGUUUGUGAGCGGCGUUUUAGAUACCAUGCCUGAUGUGCCGACAAGGAAUGGCUUUCCCAGCAAGACCGCGUGGUCGGGGUAG